CGGGUAGAAAAGUGGUGAGACGAGGAGGUCUUCUUUUAUUAGGUGAUACUGACCCUCGAGUACGUUUCCGAUUUGAUGAGAACCUCUGUAUUUAGUGAAAAUUAUGAUUAUCAAAGGUGUAAGUGUUGCUCUCUUCCUGGCAACAAUAUUUUGUACAAUCACGUCUAUUUCAUCUCAUGCUCGCCUGAUGGAGCCACCAUCGCGUCCUAGCAUGUGGAGAUUCGGAUAUGAUACUCCAAAAAAUUACGAUGAUGAUGGAUUAUAUUGUGGAGGAAUGAAUACCCAUUGGAAGCAGAAUGGUGGUAAAUGUGGAGUAUGUGGUGAUGCAUGGCAUGUUCCUCAUCCAAGACCUCAUGAAGCUGGCGGGAAAUACGCAAAUGGAAUAAUUGUCCGAAGAUACAAGCCAGGACAAAUUAUUUCUGCAGUAGUUGACGUGACAACCAAUCACAGAGGGUUCUUUGAAUUCCGAAUCUGUCCCAGCAAGAAUCCAAAAAAAGAAGUUACGCAAGAAUGCCUGGAUCAGAAUCUAUUGACUAUCAUCAACGAAACGGACACUCGAUAUAACGUUGAGAGACAUGGCAGAUCAAUGGUUCAAUUGGCUUUGCAACUGCCCAAAGGUUUCACUUGCAAACAUUGCGUCUUCCAAUGGACUUACACUGCAGGAAACAACUGGGGUAGAUGCAAGGAUGGAACCUAUGGAUUAGGUUGUGGCAAUCAAGAAACUUUCAAAUCAUGUGCUGAUGUAGCAAUAACAGACCAAACCGUAAUUGAUGAAAGACCAGUUACUCAGAAGCCAAGCUUUACGACGUCAGUUACGUAUAAGCCGUCAAAACCAAUGACCGCUAAGCCUAUCACAGUCAAGCCAUCUCGACAGAAACCCACAAAAAACAUCUUUCCCCAAGACAAUAAGAAAAGAAAAAAGUAUCCUUCUAUCAGGCCGACCUAUUCUCCUGUAAAAACGUUCCAAGAAGCUAUGGAACGUAUAAAGAAGGAUCCGAAACUUCGAUGGAUGCUGGAGGCUAAAAAGCCCAAUUCCUAAUGCAACUUUUACUUUUUCUUUAUAUUCUAAAAAGAAAAACAUGUUUUUAUAAAGAAAAGUUUUCAGCUGUUUUUGUUACGUUGAAAGUCAAAGUCAAGUUGAAUUCAAUAGUUUGUUCUAUUUUACUGCAUAGAAUCAUUUGAGAUGCGUAUUUUCAAAGAAUAUUUUCAAUUUGUUUCGUAUAAUACCAAAUGCAAACGAUUUUUUUUUUUCAGUUCAAAAUUGCUA